GAACCUUGGCAGUGUCCGAAAUGGCCCCCUAUACCCUAAUAUAAUGCACGGUUUGAGGGGACAUCCAUUUUUUUAGUGGUGUCCGAAUUCAUAGUGGACAUUGAGUGCACUCAAUCCCAUGAUGCAUCAUAAUAACGAGUGUACAACCGAUGUUAACUCGCGGUUAGCUGCUAGCCAUCGUGAUGCUCGACGCCCGCAGCGUUUCCAGUGCACAGUGUCUGAAUUUACUCGCUCGUUUUCACCCGCUCCUUAAAGUGCCAGUGGACUUUAUUAGUGAACUAAUGUUGGGAAUAGUGAAUGAGGGUAUAGUGGGCGAUUUCGGACACAGCCCAUGAGAGUAGAGCACAACUUUAUCCCCUGAACAGUUUUCUUGCGGAAGUCGAGCCCGAGGCUCUGUGGUAUUUUUAUAAAUAUGUCUUAACCCAACAAAAACUGUUCUUGUCAGCAGUCCGUAUGUGACGGGAUAAGCACAUAUAAAGGGCACAUAGGUUUAAGACUCCAGUACUGCCAGGGCCUUCAAAAUGGCCGGUAACCAGCAGUCCGCUGUUGUCUACCUCAGAAAGACCUGGGGGAACCUGGUGACCAAGAUGCAAAACUUUCCAGUCAUUGUUGAGAAUCUUCAUCAGCGGAGGGUUUUUAAUGACUAUGAUGUGGGUGCUGUCAAAGCGAUGAGCACAGAGCCUGAUAAAGCCAGAUAUAUAUUGAAAAGGGUCACAAACCAGGGGGAAUGCGCCAGUUAUGAGUUACUCAAGAUUUUGGAUUUCACUUGGAAGAGGACAUUACAUCCAAGUUUACACAAAUGGAUCAAACGUUACUCCUUCAGGGAAGACUCGGAGGCCAACUCUUCAUUUGGUGAAGCUUCAGUCACACCAAAGUUUGGAGCUGAACAGACGAAAGGCACAGCGCCCUGUCAACAUUACCUGACACAGCUUAAGAUGAAAGCAAAAAGUAUCCUGGAGAACCAGAGGGAUCAUAGGAGUAAAUAUUUGCUUCACAAACAGCAAGAAAAUUUCCAUUUCAUACCGCUUGCUUCAAAAAAGGAAACUGUGAAAAGGGAGCAAUCUUAUUCUUCUCAGGAGGAAUAUGUGGAAAUGGGGGAUGGCACAUAUUCUUCAGAUGCGGAAGUAGAAUGUCUCUAUAUCGAGCCUUUUUCUUUAAAAAGUGAUUCCGUGAUAAAAAAAACAAAAUUUGAAGCAAAAAACAAAAAACGACGAAAGAAAAAGCUGGGAGCUCACUUUCCUAACAAGGAAGAAACGGUUUCACCUGAAGAUUUACUAACAAUGCAGAACAAGAACAUCCUGCUGUUCGGCAAACCUGGAAUUGGAAAAACCACAAUCGCCCAGCAAAUGUUGCAUCUAUGGACGGAGAAAACCAUCAGAGUACCAGACUACAUGUUUUAUUUUGAUGAAACUAUUGUCUCCCACAGUUCCAACCUGAUGAAUCUUGAUUCUCUUUUGUUUGAUGUGUAUGUAAAAGCAAAAGAAGAAGACCAACAAGAGGUGCUUCAAGAUAUGAAAGACAAUGUUGAGAAUGUUGUUUUCAUAUUUGAUGGUGUCACUCGUCUGCAAGAAGACUCUGUCUUGAAGAAGAUCAUGAACCAUGAUGUGCUACGUAAGGCGAAAGUCAUAAUAACAUGCAGAACAGAGAUGGAAAAAGAUUCUCUUUUCUCAGAUUGGCCAACACAGAAAGUGUAUGUUCAAGGAUUCAGUGAAGAGUCUAUCAGAAUUUACUAUCAGAUGAUGUUGGGUCACAAUCCUGAUCUUCUGAAUGUGGUGUUGAACAAUCAAGAGCUGUUCAGUCUUAGUUAUGUGCCUAUGUAUGCGUUCAUGAUUGCAAAUAUGAUUCUUCUCAAAGACGACACGGUGCUCAACAAUCCACACACAGUCACAAACAUGAACAUCCACAUUUUCUUUAAUGCUUUGAUGAAAUAUGGGGAUAAAAACCUUUUGGAAAUUGAUGAGUAUUUGAAAGAGAUCAAAGAUCAGCUUGAUCUCUUAAUGAAAAAUGCAUUCAGUGCAACUGAGCAGAAAAGCCUGAACCUUCCAGAGAUCAGCGGUGAUGAAACUGACAUUUGUCAUGCUUUUCUGAAAAUGAUCACAAUAAGAGACAGUCUGACGUCUGAAACAAAAUACUGUGCGUUUCUCCACAACACAAUGCAGGAAUUCUUCUCAGCUUUGUGGCUUGUUGAGAAUCCAGAUGAAAUUGAGAAAGUCCUGAAACUGUGUCAGACUGAAGAGAGUCAACACAUGAGACAUGUUCUGCCUUUCCUGUGUGGACUUCUGGGAGAACAUAACAACAAACUCCUCAAGUGUCUCUUCUCAGAGGAUCAGAUGAAGAAAACAUCCGAACGGUUCAUUGAGAAACUUUCGGACACUUUCCUCAAACCUCAGAGUGAUGGUGAAGACGUUGAUCUUCUCUAUGUGUGUCAGUGCUUGUAUGAGCUUCAGUCAUCUAACGCUUGCUUGAUGUUUCUGGAGAAGAUGAAGCAUCAGCUGGACAUUGAUGUGAAUCUGGACCCUCAUCAGAGUUGUGCUUUUUCUUACGUGAUCAGUCAAUCCAGAGAUAAAGAAGUUCAUCUGAAUUUGCAGGACUUCACUGUAUCUGACUCAGGAAUGAUCAUGAUUCUCUUUUGCACGCCAAAGAUCAGAUUGAAACCUUGCAAUGCUGCUUUCAAUCAAAUCAAAGUCUUACUACAAUUCAUUCAUAAAGUUUCUGUUAAUAAAACAACUCUGGAGGGUGAGAAGAGGAAGAGAUCGCACUGCUGCUGCAACUCUUUUCACAAUAACACCCCAGAACUGGGUGAUGCCCUGCUGGAUCUUUACUCACAUGUGAAGGACUAUGAGACUCAAACAGGCAGGAGUUUUCUUCCAGCGUUACAGCCGGUUUUCCAGUCAUCACCUGAUGUCUGGUUCAUAGAUCUUUCAGAGAGAAAGUCCUCCAUCCUCCUGGAAGUGUUGAAGCUCCAGACAGUGAAGAAACCAGUAGAGCUGAGAGGAUGGACAGAUGAAGAGAGUGAAGUGAUGAGUUUCAUUCAGUGUCUGCCCCACAUCUCACAACUGGGGUAA